CGCAUAUCAAGCAGUCUGACGGGAUUUAUUUUUAACUGGCAAUAUUUGACCGGCUUUUUAGAAGAUGGGUCAACCAUCGAGAUGGGUGUGGGUGGUCCUGCUAUGCCUUACCAUUUCUUCAACUCCAGGUUCAUCUGCAGAUUCAGUAGACCCUGCCACAUUAAUCACUACGUCUGUGGCUUUGGCAAUCGAGAUCACCAAUGUGGGCUUCAAUGCCUCCCUUCAGAAUAGGGAAUCAGAGUACUCCAAGAUGUUGGAUGUAGAAGUGGAGACGCUGCUUGAUGGCAUUUACAAAUGUGAAGCAUGCCCAACUAAACUCUUCUACGAAGGUGUUGAAUGCAUAAACUACAGCCAUGGACUGAUAGCUAACGCGUCUAUAAUCUUCAACACAACUUCCAUCGACCCGAGUAUUGUCCGUGCAUUGUUUACAAUAUAUUUAGCAGAAGCCCUACCGCAGACAAGCCUCAAUGUGAACGAGGAAUACACAAGCGAUUCAAUGCCAGUCAUAUUGGAUGAAGAUGUGUGCAAGAAAACUACUACAACUCCUGAGCCAACUACAACUCCUAAGAAAAUUACCUCUCCUAAGCCAACUUCAACUCCUAAGCCAUCUUCAAAUACUGCCCCCCCUCCCCCUCCCACCCCUCCUCCCACUCCUUCAACUCCUGAGCCAACUUCAACUCCUUCAACUCCUCAGCCUCCUCCCACCCCUGAGCCAACUUCAAUUCCUGAGCCUACAAAGACCACUGGCCUUAUCAUGACCCCUGACCCUUCCAAAACCCCCGACCCUACAAAUGCCCCUGACCCUACAGUGACCUCUGAUCCGACCCGUAGCGGAGGAACAUCUGGCCCUUCCAGUGGUGGAGGAAACCGUGACGAUAGAGAUUGGGUGCCCGGAUGGGGCAUUGCACUCCUGGUGUUAGCUGCAGCCAUCCUGUUGCUUCUCAUCAUCCUUUUCAUCCUUUUGUGUAUUCGCUUUUGCCGUAAGCGCCCAUCAGAGGACCCCAUGGGGAAGAACCCUGACCCAUACUAUGAUGAAAACAAGAUGCAUCCUCAGGAAACGGUGCCUGUAUACUAUCCAUCAGCACCGACAACAGCGCCCUCAAGUCCAAUGCAGACAGAGAUGGUUGUUGGUGACACACCCAAAAAGAAUCGGACAGGCUUCUAUGCUUUGAAUCCUUGACAUGAAGGCAAAUUAGUAUGUUUUGCGGCAUCAGGCACACAAAAGAUGACUAAUGAAACCUAUGAAAAACAAGAGAAUAGAAGGCCUUUGUACCGUCAAUUAAUGCAUCAUCUGAAUUAUAUUUUUAUGAAUAAUAUUUAUUACAGUACUUACAUUACUGUUUCUUACACUAUUUACAUCAAGAACUUUAUUUAUAGGGAACAUAUAAGUUGUAAUCAUUGUAUCAUAUUACAAUUCAUCAGCAAUUCAUUCGUUAUUUUGUUAAGUGUUUUCUGCUAAAGCCCCAUGUCCAUUAUAAGCUUCGUCAAGGUGUCCGAUAAAUGGGUGUAGCUAGUUAUGGCGGGACACUCUAGUCAUGCGCACCCGGCGGUCAAUUUAGGACCUUCCAAAUGAAACACCAACGCUGUAAAGUGAAAGAUUCCAUAUCAUGCUUUUUUAGGGUUAAUCAUUGCAUUUGGGGGUACUAGUAUGAUAGGGUUACAUGCCUGUAUGUUAGAGAUACCCCUUAUUACUAUCACUGUUAAUUUCUGCAAAACCAAUUUCAGUGUCUUUCAAAAACGGUCUGAUUUGUAUCACGCCACAUUAAGGCCCCCGUUCCGAGUAGGCCAGGCUUCUAUGAUUGGUCAAACUUUGAAUUCACGUCCCCAAGAAGUUUUUAACAUUGUGGGUAGCCGGGAGGCGCGUCUUCUGCACUUCAGCACCGAACAAAUUUUAAAAUGAAGUAGUUCAGUUAAACGUUCAUAAUUCAAAAAUUUGAACUAAGUUCACAGUUCCAAACAAUGAACUAGUCCAUAGUUCUUUUUUUGAAUAUGUUGCUGCGAGCUAUUAUUUUUUUCCUGUAUUUUGAACAUUGAGCCCACUUUGUGGUUUGUCUAGGAUGAAAUAGAGUGGUUGAAUCAAGCAUCGUAGUUUGAUUCAACCACUCUAUGGGAUUCGGGACGGUCUAUACUUUCAACAUAAAGUGUAUUUAUAUUUUUUAAUUCGUCCCAGCCUUUACACCACUGACACUAUAGGGUCGAUAGCAUACAACCACAUUUUCUGAUUACAGUUUAAUGUAACAGUAAGCUGACAACACCGCAACUGCAAAUUAACCACAAGGAGAUAACCAUGGCAACCGGUCAAACAAAUGUUCUCAUUCUGCGCGCGCAUCCGCCGUGUUGAUAAACAAAUAACCCCCCAUUGAACGAAGUUAAACCGAGUGCGCGUGCCGUUCACAGACACCAGAAUGAACGAGUUCACAGUAACGUUCAUCAGGCAGUAAUACAGUACGUUCAGUUCACGUUCGCCGAAAAUAUGAACGAGUUCAUGAACUAUCGUUCAAUGAACGCGUUCAGGCACAACACUGACCAUGAGUGACUGGGGAGGUGGGGGAUUUGCAGUUGUUGACUGAAAUGAAUUGGCGUCUGCAGAGAGAUAGGAAAUUAACCAGGUGAGAGCGGUGCCAGUGAUGCCAAGUGAGGACUGAAGGCAGGAGAUGAGGAUGGAGUGGUUGAUUGUAUUCAAGGCGGCGCUGUGGUCAAGGAGGAUGAGGAUGGAGAGGGAGCCAGAGUCAGUAGAUAGGAGAAUGUCAUUUGUGACCUUUAAAAGAGCUGUUUCUGUGCUGUGUCUGGAGCGGAAGCCGGAUUGGAAGGGUUAGAGCAACCAAAUGGAUAAUUGUGCUUGUCCUUGAGGGACGCUUUCAAAGGCUACAUACCCAGUGUUGAUAAAAUGUGGUAUUCUUUAAUGCCCUGUUUCAUUGCAAACAGACCCUAGGUGUUGAGUUUGAAUCAAAUUUUCCUAGACACCGAGGUAACAUGCUAAUCGCAUCACAUCCUAUCGGGCUACGACCCCCAUGUUGAGAAUUGUUGCAGUCUUAUGAAUAGUUUUUUUUAUUGAUUGUAAUCAUGCAUCAGAUACUUAAAAAGGGAUUUUCUUUUGUCAUUUAUAAAAUUACGCAAAAUUAACCUUUGGAAUGGACUUUUUGGCUCAUAUGGGGCUUUUUGGAUGCAUUGACAAGCAACCCAAAGGUCAAGUGUGGAGUUUAUCCAAGAUCACCACUCUAACCCCUGUACAGGAUAAAGAGAAGGAAUAGUAGAAGGGAGCAUAUUCAUGAAUUAGUAUAAUAUAACUGUACUUCUUGUUGAGCAAACAAUCGUACCUUUGAAAACCAUGGAAUUACAGAUGACAAUUAUAUUUCCCCCAUGUAGGUUCAUUAUUGUCUGCAGAUAAUUAUACCUGGUGGCCAUGUUUGUUAGUUGGGUGGGUCACAAUGCCGUGUUACGUUUCUUUAGUCCGGUGCACAGCCCUGGUGAAGAGAAUCAGUUGAAGUUUAACUUGUAGUCAUGUUUUGUAACACCACAACCAACUGUUCAACGAUUUGUUGAAACUUUUGUCACUUUUGUUACAAUAUUUGUCUUCCAUUGUUGUUUUUUCUGCCAACUCCUGCCCAAGCUCUGUAGACUGUUUCUAUGGUCUUUCAGAUAACAGAGGAACACUACUUUGUACAUUAACAUGGUGAGGGAUGGAACCGGGCUCCUUUCCUCACAUUGAAAUGACUUGAUAUUGCUCACAUUGUUGUCUCUGAACAACUCACUGUAUUUGUAAUUAUAUUAGGUCAACAUGAUAUUUGUAUGUUAAUACAUCAAAGAAGGCUUUGCCUAUAAUUGUAAUUUCAACAACGGGGCAAAAGGUUCUUGCAGUGUCAGCAUGUUCAUUGUUUUAAGUUGUUUUUUUUAACUCUAGAUUAGAUAAAAACACAAUGGGAAUCCAGUCCCAUGGUAAUGAUGUUAACAAAUCCAGCCCACAGUCAAUAAUCAGGUCAUAGAUGACGCAAACAUACUUCAUUAAUAUCUGUGACUAAAAAUCAAUAUAAAAUAGGUGUCACCAGUUGCAAGGCCCACCCUCUUGGCCAAGCCCAUGGACAAAAUUCGAGGAUAAAAUCAUUGAAUGGAAACACUCAACAACAUUUGAUCAAAUAUUGUCACAUAUCAAGCACGGUUCCAUUCCCUGGUCUGACUGGAUUUAUUUUUAACUGGCAAUAUUUCACUGGCUUUCUACAAGAUGGCUCAACUAUCGAGAUGGGUGUGGGGGGUCCUUCUGUGCCUUACCAUUUCUACAACUCCAGGUUCAUCGGCAGAUUCGGUAGUCUCUACGAAUUUUGCUUUGGCAAUCGAGAUCACCAAUGAGCCCUUCAAUGUCUCCCUGCUGAAUCCUGAAUCAGAAUCCACCAAGAUGUUGGAUGCAGAAGUGGCAAAGCUGCUUGACGGCAUUUACAAGGAAUCCUACGGAGGUGUUGAGUGCAUAAAAUACAGCCAUGGACUGAUAGCUAACGCGUCUAUCAUCUUCAACACAACUUCAAUCAACCCAGUUAUCGUCCAUUAUUUAUUUAUGGAAAAUAUUGCAACAGCCCUACUCCAAACGAAACUCAGUGUGAACAAGACAUACGCAAGCUCCUCGAUGCCGGUCAAAUUGGAAAAAGAUGCAUGCAAGAGAAUGACUACAACUUCUGAGCCUCCUACAACUCCUGAGCUAACUACAACUCCUUCAACUCCUGAGCCAACUUCAACUCCUGAGCCUACUACAACUCCUGAUUUAGCUACAACUCCUUCAACUCCUGAGCUAUCUACAACUCCUUCAACUCCUGAGUCAACUUCAACUCCUGAGCCUACUACAACUCCUGAUUUAGCUACAACUCCUUCAACUCCUGAGCUAUCUACAACUCCUUCAACUCCUGAGUCAACUUCAACUCCUGAGCCUACUACAACUCCUGAUUUAGCUACGACUCCUUCAACUCCUGAGCAAACUACAACUCCUUCAACUCCUGCACCAACUACAACCUCUGAGUCUAAAAAGACCACUGUCCUUUCCAACACCCUUGUCCAUACCAAUACCAAUGACCCUACUAAAAGCGCUGAUCAUACCAAUACCAAUGACCCUACUAAGAGCCCUGAUCAUACCAAUACCAAUGACCCUACUAAGAGCCCUGAUCAUACCAAUACCAAUGACCCUACUAAGACCCCUGAUCAUACCAAUACCAAUGACCCUACUAAGAGCCCUGAUCAUAACAAUACCAAUGACCCUACUAAGACCCCUGAUCAUACCAAUACCAAUGACCCUACUAAGACCCCUGAUCAUACCAAUACCAAUGACCCUACUAAGAGCCCUGAUCAUACCAAUACCAAUGACCCUACUAAGAGCCCUGAUCAUACCAAUACCAAUGACCCUACUAAGAGCCCUGAUCAUACCCAUAGCACUGACCCUACCAAGGUACCUCACCAGACCAAUACCACUGACCCUACAAAUAACCCUAACCCCACCGUGACCUCUGACCCAACCAAUGGAGGAAGGAGGAACGGUGGAGGAACAUCUGACCCUUCCAGUAGUGGAGGGAACCGUGAUGAUCGAGACUGGGUGCCCGGAUGGGGCAUUGCCCUGCUGGUGUUAGCUGCAGCCAUCCUGUUGCUUCUCAUCACCAUUUUCAUCCUUUUGUGUGUUCACUAUUGCCGUAAGCGCCCAUCAGAGGACCCCAUGGAGAAGAACCCUGACCCAUACUAUGAGCAGAACAAGAUGCCUCCUCAGGAAACUGUGCCUGUACUCUAUCCAUCAUUACCGACAGCAGCACCCUCAAAUCCAAUGCAGGCACAGAUGAUUGUCGAUGACAAACCCAAAAAGAAUCGGACAGGAUUCUAUGCUGUGAAUCCUUGACAUGAAGGCAAAUGAGUGUGUUUUGCGGCAUCAGGCCCACAAAAGAUGACGAAGAGAAUAGGAGGCCUUUGUCUAAACCGUUGACGGAUGCAUCAUCUGAAUUUGAUUUGUAUGAAUGCUAUUCAUUAAAGCAUUACCCAUUAUUUUUGUAACACUAUUUAUAUCAACAACUUUAUUUAUAGAGAAUAAACACUACCAUUCAAAAGUUUGGUGUUACUUAGAAAUCUCCAUAUUUUUUUAAGAAAAACACAGUUUUUUUCAAUGAAGAUAAAAUUAAAUUAAUAAGAAAUACAGUCUAGAUAUUGUUAAUGUGGUAAAUUACUAUUCUAGCUGGAAACGACAGCUCCUUAAUGUAAUAUCUACAUAGCUGUACACAGGCCCAUUUCAAGCAACACCACUCCUGUGUUCUGGUAUAUUGUUUAGCUAAUUGUGUUAAAAGCCUAAUUGAUGAUUAGAAAACCUUUGUGCAAUUGUGUUAGCAGAGCAUGAAAACUAUUGAAUAAAAGUGUGAGUUUUCAUGGAAAACAUUAAAUUGGCUAGGCGACCCCAGACUUUUGUAAUCAUGGUAUUAUAUUGUAAUUAUCUUUCAUAUAACAUAUUACUCAUUCAUGUCAUUUUGUUAAUAGUUUCCUGCUAUAGCCCCAUGUCCAUGAUAAGAUGGGAAGGAGCUCAGUGUCAGAGUUCUUUUUUAUAUGAUUAUAUGAUAUAGAUAUAGAGCUCCAGGAGUCCACAAAUGGCAACAAUCCCUUUUCCUCCAUGCUGUGGUUCAGUGUGACAGCUCAUUGGUCAAUGGGCAGCAGCUCAUUUGUAUUAAAGCUAAAGACACCUGAAACAGCGCCUUCUGAAGGGACUGAAACAGAGGGGAAUAGCGGUGGGCAAGAUUUCUUUUCCUGAAAGCCAUUUCCAGCCCACAGCUUCAAAAACUUGUUUUCUGGAGCUCAAAUACUAUGUUUACUUAUUGGGAAAACACCAUAAUAUGUCUCCUUUAAAGCUUUUGUCACUUUUUCUAUGUGCAACAAUAAUUUACUUCCAUUAUUGUUUUUUCAGCCAACUCCAACCAAAGCCCUGUAGACUGUAUUUAUGGUCUUUCAGAUAACAGAGGAACACUUUGUACAUCAACAUGGUCAGGGAUCGAACACAGCUCCUUUUUUCACUCACUUGAUAUUGCUUUACAUUGUUGUCUCUGAACAAGUUGUUGUAUUUGUAAUAAGAUAAUUUCAACACAGUGUUGUAUAUGUAUGUUAAUGUACGAGUAUAUUUCGGGUAUUGAGCAAAACAGAAUUUACAUGUAUGACUAUAAAUUCAACAUCGGGACAAAAGGUU